CCUCCACGCAUGGCCUCUUCUCUCGCCUGCGAUAAACCCCGACUCUUCGUAAUUAUCGCCUCCGUCUGGGCAUUCGUCGACCCAUCCGAAAAAUUCCACCAAGAAAGGAAUUAAAAAAGAGAAAACAAGAAGACUUCCCAGCCAGAUCGAGAUCUGGGAACCUCGGGGCCUUCGGCGGCGACGAUGGCCCUCCUCCGCCCGUUCCUCCUCCUCGCGGUGGCGCUCCUGGCCUCCUUUCGGCCGUCGGCGGCGGAGAUCCGGGUGACGGAGGUCCGAUCUGACGGGCGGACCAUCAUCCCCUUUGAUGAGUUCGGCUUCACCCACAACGGCGUCCUGGAGCUCAACGUCUCCGGGAUCACCCUCUCGGAAGACUCCGCGAACGUCGACCAGCUUGGCUUCUUCCUCUCCACCCGCGACGCCUGGAUCCACGUCGUCCAGCAGCUCCAGGAUCACGAAAUCACCUGCCCCCUCGAGUCCUCACUCGUCAAGAACGUCUACUCGUUGGACCAACUCAAGAAUCCCAAUCCCAACCCCAGCGGCCUUUCCAUCCCCCGCUCCUCCUCCUUCGGCACCGUCUUCUCCCAACACGACCCCGGCCAGUACACCCUUGUCUUCGCCAACUGCGUCCGUGGCCUCCGCAUCUCCAUGACCGUCCGCUCCGCCAUGUACAACCGGGACGCCCGCACCGGCCGCCCCGCCUACCUCUCCACCGGCGCCGCCGCCCUCCCCCUCAUCUACUUCCUCCUUUUCCUUGCCUACGCCGCCCUCGCCGCCGUAUGGGUCGCCGUCCUCCUCCGCAAGCGCCUCGCCGCCUUCCGCAUCCACUACUUCAUGCUUGCCGUCGUCAUCCUUAAGGCCCUCAACCUCCUCUGCGAGGCCGAGGACAAGUCCUACAUCGAGCGCACCGGCAGCGCCCACGGAUGGGACGUCCUCUUCUACAUCUUUAGCUUUCUCAAGGGCAUCUCCCUCUUCACCCUCAUCGUCCUCAUCGGCACUGGCUGGUCCUUCCUCAAGCCCUACCUCCAGGAUCGCGACAAGAAGGUCCUCAUGGUGGUCAUCCCCCUCCAGGUCGUCGCCAAUAUCGCCCAGGUCGCCAUCGACGAGUCCAGUCCCUACGCCCGCGACUGGGUCAACUGGAAGAAGGUCUUCCUCCUCGUCGACGUCGUCUGCUGCUGCGCCGUCCUGUUCCCCAUCGUCUGGUCCAUCAAGAACCUCCGCGAGGCAGCCCGGACCGACGGCAAGGCCGCCGUCAACCUCAUGAAGCUCACCCUCUUCCGCCAGUACUACGUCGUUGUCAUCUGCUACAUCUACUUCACCCGUGUCGUUGUGUACGCCCUCGUCACCAUCACCUCCUACCGCUACUUCUGGACCAGUGUUGUCGCCGGGGAGCUUGCCACUCUCGCGUUCUACAUCUUCACCGGCUACAAGUUCAAGCCAGAGGUGCACAACCCCUACUUUGUGAUCGACGAUGAGGAAGAGGAGGCCGCUGCUGAGGCUCUCAAGCUUGAUGAUGAGUUUGAGUUGUGAUGCAGAUGCUGGAUCAAGAAAUGGGCUUACUUUUGAGCAAAAGUGAUGACCCUGUGUACAAUGCCCGGAACAAUUGGAGGAUAGAGGUGGGAUCUAGUAUUUCUUUUCAUCUUCUCAUUCCAUAUCUUUUUUUUCUUUUCUGGCCUUACUGUAAUUGGGAUUCUCGAAUUGAUAUCAUAAGAAGCUUGGAGCUCUAGUUUAUCUUCAUACUGUACGUUUACUUAUGUACUAUGAAUUUUAAUUGAUGCUGCUUGUACCUACAUAGUGUGCGUAAAAUGUAUUAUGGUUCAUUGCUAA